UUGAACAGCUGUGUACAAAAGCUUUGCCUUUGGAAAAACACGAGACUUGCAGCUGCCCAGACAUAUAAAACACAAACAAUUCUGAACCCCGAGCCUUGAAAAUGUUUCAUUAUCUACCGUAUUUAUUUUCUUACCCACAUACUCAUCACACUUACGAGCCCAACAUGUCCCAUGUGACUUGUGAUGUGGUUAACAUCAGUCCUCAGGGUUGCUGUGUUUUCAGUUCAGAAUCUGUUCAGUCACUUCAGCGACAAGCCAGUUUUGCUGCACAGUUUUAAGAGAGACAUUCUGCAAAAUGCCCACUUGGGGGCUUGCCAUGCAUGUUCUCCUCCUGCUUUCCCAUGGAACAUCAGCCUUCAGUGUCACAGAAAACAAACCAGAGCUAAUAGUUAUCACUGCUGAGGAAGGGGAGUCUGUCAAUAUUACUUGCACGUUUGACCAACUGGCGAUGUCGGGGCUGCAUUUGAGACGGACACUUGUGAAAGCCAUGGAUGUGCUAUAUGUGAAAAAACAUGGUCGACACAUGACCAAAGCUGCUGAAUAUGAAUCUCGCAUGGAGUACUUUGAGCUGAAGAACGCAUCGACGAUAAUGCUAAAGCAUGUGAAGAAGAACGACAGUGAUGGGUAUUUGUGUGGGGGCACUCUGAUAAUUAACCAGGAGCCCAGGAUAAUGAAUUUCAGCACUAUCAUCUUGGCAGUGAAAGAGGCCUCAGCUAUGAAGCUAAUCGAGUGUCCUUCGUUUCUCUGGGUGCCAUAUAUCCUUAUCUUCAUGUCACUGCUCUUGCUGUUUGGACUGGGAUAUUUUAUCCUAUCUCGUAUAGAUAUCAAGAAAUUCUGCAACAAAGGAAAGGCAGCAGAAACACAAAAUAUGGUCUAUGAAGACAUGACGUGCAGCCUGAGGCACAACACUGUGAAUAAUGUGUAUAAUAAUUAGAAGUGAUCUCUUGCCAGAUGGAAUAAUCCUGUCAUUCCCAGACCCAGCAAAAUACACUGCUGCAAUAUUUACUGCACACAAUGAAUAACAAAGCUGGAAUCUGCUAAGAUUCAAGAUCAAUUAUUAUGAUUAUAACCACUUUAAUUGAAGGAAGCACAAGUCACUGGAAAAAAAGGCAUUUAAAUAAUACUUUAAAAUUAAACUUUUAAGCAAGACCCUGCUUACCUAAUAACCCCUUUGCCACUCCCCCUUUCCUGACACCAGACCAACCCUGCUUCUCUUUACACCCAAACAACCCAUUCACUUUACACAUCACUCUCUCACAGCUCACCCCAAUCCCUGUCCUCACAGCUCUUCCAAACCCUCUUUUUAAGGAGUGAGGCACAUGCUUCAGAAUGUGGUCUGCAAAACCUCCCACUCUCCUUUAAUCAGCUCACAUGGGAGGGCUGCCCCCCACGCUGCUUGGUGUUUUAUUUUUGCUUGCUUGCUGUUUUGUAGUCAUGAUGGAGUUGCAGCAUUAUGAAAGCCUUAUAAAUGUAUAGUAAGAAGUGUAUUUUUAGACAUUUGCAUAGGUUUUUUGACUUUGUGAUUUUUUUGUUUCCUACAACAUAAUUCCCCAGGGUUUGAUACUGUGUAUUUGACUCCCGAUAAAAAGUGCGCUAACAAGACUUCUAAGUUUAUGAGUAUAUAGGAAUUUAGGAAGCUAACUUUUACUGAGUCAGACCAUUGGCCCAUCUAGUUCAGAAGUGUCUAUGUCUGGUAGUGUCUUUCCUGGUUUUCAGAUAGCAGUCUCUAACAGACCUACCUGGAGAUGCCAAGGAUUAUACCUCCGACCAUCUGCACACAAAGCAAUGGUCCUUUCCUCAGGCCUUUGUUGCCAGAAUGAGCAAUAAAAAUUUCAAUCAAGAAUGUGCUAUAAACAUUUCAUUCAAUCUCCAUCAAAAGGUAUUUUUUGAGGCAUCUCUCACCACAGAAUAUCCUCCUUGCACAAUUUUGGUUUACAUUCCAACACUGACAUUUCCUAAUGUUACCAUACAUCCUAGAAAGACAAGAAGGUAUGUGGUGUGCACUUGUACAACAAAUGUUCUUACCAGUCGAUGAGAUUUCUCCUCCUACUGUCUUCCAGCUGCCAUGAUAUUCAUGGGUUUCUCUACUCCCCCUUCUGGGACUAGUCAUCCUAGGAGUUUGUUUAUUUAUACUUUCUUACAACCCACUCAUGGGUUAAACCACAGAGCCUAGGGCUUGCUGAUCAGAAGGUCAGCGGUUCGAAUCCCUGCAACGGGGUGAGCUCCCGUUGCUUGGUCCCAGCUCCUGCCCACCUAGCAGUUCGAAAGCACAUCACAAAGUGCGAGUAGAUAAAUAGGGACCGCUCCGACGGGAAAAUAAACACCGUUUCUGUGCGCUGCUCUGGUUCGCCAGAAGCAGCUUUGUCAUGCUGGCCAUAUGACCCGGAAGCUGUCUGCGGACAAACGCCGGCUCCCUCGGCCUAUAGAGCGAGAUGAGCGCCGCAACCCCAGAGUUGGACACAACUGGACCUGAUAGUCAGGGGGCCCUUUACCUUUACCUUUACAACCCACUCAUGUCACCUGAGGUUCCACACAUGCCUUGGAAUUCUGUUGUUAUCAUACUUUGACCUGGCAAGCCUAUUGGUAAUCUGGUUUAUGAUUAGAUUAUGUAUUAUGUUGUUGUUGUUUGUUGUUGUUUAGUCGUUUAGUCGUCUCCGACUCUUCGUGACCCCAUGGACCAUAGCACGCCAGGCACUCCUGUCUUGCACUGAGAUUAUGUAUUAUACCCUGUACUUUUUUCUCCAUGUCUGUCUUCCAGCAAAUACUAUGGUAACUUGAAUGCCAGUUAAAUGAAUGAGCGACAGUAAUUCUUGGAAAGCUUGCAUAACUGUUUACUUGGGGGAUGCAUGAACGACAUAGCUGGGCAAGCACAGAAAGGUAUGGGCUGAUUAAAGUUUCUGCCCAUACAUGAUGGCCAUUAUUCAAAAACUGGGUUAAUGUAAGAUUUGUAGGAACAAGUUUUGGUAUAACAGGUGAAGUCUUCAGUCUUUUAAUAACUAAA